AUGGCAACAAAUGACAAAAAUGAAGAUAAUAAGAAAGGUGGAGAAAAUGAUAAAGAUAAGAAAAACUCAAUUUAUUUUGAUGAUAAAGGUAAUGACAAAGAAGUAAAAAAUAAAAAUAAGAAAAAUAAGGAAGAAGAAAAGAAAAAAGAGGGAGGCUGGAAAAAUUGGUUUUAUAACGAUGUUGAUGGUGAAGAUAAUGAUGGUAGUGGAAAUAAAGAGAAAGGUGCCAAAAAACAAAAUGAAAAGAAUGAUGAAAAGAAUAAUAAGAAGGACGAUUUAAAAUACGGAGAUAAGAAUGAUAAGGAUGAUAAACAGAAAGAUGGUUUAAAAUAUGGAGAUCAAAAGGGUGAAGAAGGUAAGAAAAAAGAAGAUAAUUUAAAAUACGGAGAUCAGAAAGAUACAGAAGAUAAAAAGAAAGAUAAUUUUAAACAAGGUGAUCAGAAAGAUAAGACGGUAAUUUAA